AUCCACACAACCAGAGGUAUAGUGUCCCAAAAAAAAACAAAGUUAUAACAGCACUUCGGCACUUCCCAUACAAAAUGGGGAAACGAGUGUAGCAACACAAACCAAACACACGCACAAAAACGCCAGAGCUACUGCUUUUUUCUUCUUCUUCUUCUUCCUUCUCUUUGGUGCAAAAAAAUGGAGCAUUUCUACCUCAGCCUCCUCCUUCUCUUCGUAUCCUUCGUCACCCUCUCGCUGUUCCUCGUCUUCUACAACCACCGCUCUCAGUACAACUUCCCCAACCUCCCGCCGGGGAAACCCGGCCUGCCUUACGUCGGCGAGACGCUCGACUUCCUCUCCACCGGGUGGCAAGGCCGCCCCGAAAAGUUCGUGUUCGACCGCAUCGCAAAGUUCUCGUCCGAGGUGUUCAAGACCAACAUCGUCGGCAAGCCCGCCGUGGUCCUCGCCGGAGCCGCCGGGAACAAGUUCCUCUUCUCCAACGAGAACAAGCUGGUGGUCGCCUGGUGGCCGGACUCCGUCAACAAGAUCUUCCCCUUCACCCAGAACAGCUCCUCGGUCGACGAGUCCCGCCGCAUGCGCAAGCUCCUCCCCCAGUUCCUCAAAGCCGAAGCCCUCCAUAGGUACAUUGGGAUAAUGGAUUCGAUCGCCGAACGCCACUUCGCGUCCGGCUGGGAGAAGAAGCAAGAAGUACUGGUGUUCCCACUAGCCAAAAACUACACCUUCUGGCUGGCGUGUCGCCUGUUCGUGAGCGUAGAGGAUCCGAGCCACAUCGCCAAGUUCGCGGCGCCGUUCAACCUGGUGGCCUCCGGGAUCUUCUCCGUGCCGUUGGAUCUGCCGGGGACGCCGUUCAGGAAGGCCAUCCGUGCGUCCAAUUUCAUCAGGGCCGAGCUGCUCAACAUCAUACGUCAGCGGAAGGUGGAUCUGGGAACGGGGAAGGCCUCCGUGACGCAGGACAUCCUCUCCCACAUGUUGACUAUUAGUGACGAGGCCGGCCGGUUCAUGACCGAGCUCGACAUCGCCGACAAGAUCCUCGGCCUCCUCAUCGGCGGCCAUGACACGGCGAGCGCGGCUUGCACUUUUAUCGUCAAGUUUCUGUCCGAGCUGCCCCACGUUUAUGAUGGAGUUUACAAAGAGCAAAUUGAGAUAGCAAAAUCCAAAAGAUCAGGAGAGUUACUGAACUGGGACGACAUCCAGAAGAUGAAAUACUCAUGGAACGUAGCUUGUGAGGUGAUGAGGCUCGCCCCGCCGCUUCAAGGAGGGUUCAGGGAAGCCAUCAAUGACUUCAUUUUCAAUGGCUUCUUCAUCCCUAAAGGCUGGAAGGUAUGUAUAUAUGAACAGCUGUAUUGGAGUGCGAAUUCAACCCACAAAAGCGGGCAGUACUUCUCUGAACCGGAAAAGUUCGACCCGAGUAGGUUCGAAGGCGGCGGGCCGGCGCCCUACACGUUUGUUCCAUUCGGUGGCGGCCCGAGGAUGUGUCCAGGAAAGGAAUACGCUCGGCUGGAGAUCCUGGUGUUCAUGCACCAUCUGGUGAAGCGGUUCAGGUUCGAGAAGCUGAUUCCGGACGAGAAGAUUGUGGUGGAUCCGAUGCCCAUCCCGGCUAAAGGACUACCUGUGCGCCUCUUUCCUCACAAGGGGUAGGAAAAUGGCAUGUAUCUAAUUAAGUAGUAGCAAUUAAGUUUCUGUGUGUACUAUUCGUUUUAUGGUUUGCCGGAUUUGGAUAUGUAAUGCAGAUAUGAAUAUGUCUUUUUAGUACCAAGUAACAAUCACUUUUCAUAUCUAUCUAUCUAUCGUAAUUUGGGUAAACUCUUGGGUACAGCAUACGCGCUGAGUAAGAAAAGUGUAUCUAGACCUCGAAUUAACUGGAUUUUGGACAUGAUACUAUAUCUUAAUUCUUGAUGGGUGAACACUAGGCCUUAAUUAGAAAUCUAAAUCAUAGAACCUUGUCCCUGAGAUUGUGC